AUUUGGACUUGGAAAUAACGUUGGUAGUAUAUUAAUUUUCUGUUGUUAGAAUGUUAUUGUUUUAUAUUGUGCCCAACGCUCAUCGCGACAGCCAUGAUGCGUACAUUUACGUACGAUGCGUGAGUGCGUAUACACACGUGUGGAUCGAGCAGUGCGGAGUGCUCUUUAUUUACAGUAUAUUUAUAUAUAAGUAAUUAUUAUAUUCGAAAAGUUGUAUAUUAAUAAUAAGAACUCAAUUAACCAUAUGUGCUAUGAAUAGUAGCUGAUAUGAUGAUCUAUAUAACCUAUAAUUCAGGUUAACUACAAAUAACGUUCUUUGGGUAUCGGUAGAAACUAUAUAGUGGAAUUAUUUGCUAUUUUCUUGCAAUUUACUGCCGAUUAUUUUCAGCUGUUUGAGUGCGUCGAGAUCAUGAGCAAACGCACGCUUGUUGCGACAGCCAAUUGGAAGCAGUAAUAGUUCUGGAGACUGUAGUCGCAUUAUCUUAUAUAUACGUAUGAUGUGUGAGUGUGUCAUAUAUACGUACGUUUGUGCUUGUGCGCUUGUGCGCUGUCGAGCGCUUUUAAUUGUAUACAACAUUUUUAUAUGGCUGGUGAUUCAAGAUCUAUUUUUCGACCUAUAUAAGAGAGAAAUUUGCAGAAGAAAAAAAAUAUACCAAAGUAUUAAUAAGGAUCGAACAUAUUCUUGAUGUACUCGGGCCGCGAGGCUGAGCAAUAUUCUAAGGAAAGUAUUGUACAAGAUACAAAGAUUGGACAAUAUCUCAUCCCUUUAUCUUCCAUUGACAAUUUGAAGAUAUGCUAAAAACUGAUCAAGAAGCUUUCAUGCAAGUUUAUAAGGCAAUUUUUGGCGAUCGUUUGGUAUAUGUACCAAAGUGUACCAAACUGCACCAGACCGUUUUGGCGACACUGGUACUUUGUGGUUAAGGCGUGGUCAUUCAUUUUGGUAUCUCUCUGGUUGAUACCACGCUAUACCCUGCUCUGAAGCAGGGUAGUUUUUCCAAGUCUGUGAUCAUGGAUGGUGAAAGAGAUUUUCAGUUAUGUACGAACGACCAUGGCCAACCGAUCGUGGAUGAUCAGGGAAGAAAUAUAUAUUACUGCAAAAUAACAGGUGAUGUAGCAGUCUUUGAUAAUGAACCACACACAUUGGAUGAAGCUUCUAUAAAUGAAAAUACAAAUGAAAUAGAAAAAGAUGUAACGCAAUCCGUUGAACCACAGAGUGAAGGACAAAUGAGCGCAACAAAUGAAGAUAGAUUUACUCAUGAAAUGACUGUAAAACUACUGGAGAUUGUACAAUCCAAAUUACAUUUUCUUAAUGACAAAAUGCAUCCCAAAAAAAAGAUCUGGGCUGAUAUAACAACAGAAAUGCAAAAAACUGGUUACUUACUUACUUAUGGAAAAAAAGCUGCUGAUAAAUGUCAUCAACGCUGGCGGAAUUUAGAGAAAAUGUAUCAUGGACAUUGUCGUUACAUGAAAUCUACUGGUACGGGAAAGAAAAAGCCACCAAAGUAUUUUGAUGAGAUGCACGAACUUAUUGGGGAAAAACACAGUAGUCAACCAGUCAAUUUGUUGGAUUCAUUAGAUGACGUAUCUACAGCAAGUGCUUCUGACACUUGCAGCAUUGAAACAAAAAGUAGUGAAGCCAUUAAUAACAAUGAAACUGAUAACUUUCCUGAUAACGUAGAUAAUGAGUCAAAUAAUAUAAAAGAAAACAUAGAUUCUAAUGUAAGUAGACCGAGUAUUUUUAAAAACGUUAAGAAAUCAGUAAGACCAAAGGUAGAUUCUGUAAGCACAGUUUUAAAACAAUUACAUGAACAAGAUGUAGAAAUUGAAAGCAAGCGCUUUAAAAAAUUUGAAACAUUGUUAGAAGAGCAAAACAAGUUGAGAAAGCAAACAUUAGAACAGCGUGGUGAAUUCUUAAGUGUGUUAAAAACUCUUAUUAAAUCAGAAGCUCCUAAAAAUAAAUCAGAAGCUCUUAAAAAUAAAUCGGAAGCUCCUAAAAAAAAUAAGAAAAGAAAAUAUUCCUCUGAGUCCUCUGACUCACAAUCAGAUUAAUUAUUAUGUAUAAGGGAAUACUUAUCGCAGUACAAAUUACUUAUUAUUUUGGUUAAUUAUUGCGAAAUAAGAUUUUAUUUUUUUUGGUUAUGUGGAAUAUAAUUUACGUAAAUUACAAGUUAUACGUUUGAAAUAAGGCUGAUUAAUACAUAAGUAUUAAAUGUUUAAUAUAUUUUUAAAGUUCCUAC